UUUAUAGCUAUAUAUAUAAGAUGAAAGACCAGCAACAUGUAACAUGCUGACAGUACGUAAGCAAACGUAGAAUAUGUGAGGUUACUUUGUAUAUAAUAAUGAAUAAUUGAGUGAAGUUUUUGUUCAUUGAAUAUAAACGGUGAACAACUCUUCGCUUCGUCAAGUGUUUACGCAAAGUGAAGUAUCAGAAUUAUGUUUUUCGGUUUCGUUCGAAACGACAGUGUUAUUGGUGCGACCUUCAAACGACAAACAUUUCAUCAAAGAACUUGAUAAAAAGUGAGAAAAAUGUCAGAAACUCCAGAUUUGUUUAGGUUAGAAGGAUCCGAUGGAACCGAAACCGGAGGAUUGUUCAUUCGUAAACAAGCGUCUGAUCACACCUUCAAAAAACCAAGCGUGUCACAAUUCGGUCUAGACAAAUUGGCAGAACGCAAAAGACGAGAAAAUUCUCAAGAGCCUGGAAGUAGCCGUAGUGAAUCAAAGAAAAAAUCAAAACAUGAAUCCAAAGGUGAUCGUAGAUAUAGAUCACAUGAGGAAGAAACACCUACUUACACAGGCGGAGUCAAUGCCGAAGCUCAAAGAAAAUUGGAAAGUCGUCUCAAACGACAGAGACUCGAUGCCCAGGAUCGCAUGAGACGAGAUCGAGAGAGAAGUCACAGUCGAGAUAGACGAGAUAGAACUCCAAGAUUUCGAGACGAACCUCAAACUCCUAAAAUUCGUGCAAGAGAUCCAACUUCAAGAAGCAACUGGGACGACGACGAUGACGAAGAGCCACGUAGAUCUAGCUGGGAUCAUCCCACUCCUAAGCUUUAUGGUUCCAAAGAUUACAGAGAAAGCGCAAGAAGUGAAUUUACUCCGUCAUACAAGUACAAUCCGUGGCAUCGAGAUCACAGAGGCGGUUCUGGUGCUACACCUAUGAUAGACGGAGAGGAAAAAGCACUUUGGGAAGAAGAACAGCGAAGGUUGGAUCGCGAAUGGUACGCAUUAGACGAUGGAGAAAACCAGCGUUUUGCCGAUGUCUCGGAAGAAUAUACGAGAAAAAAGGAAAUGGAACUAGAAGCAAAACGAGAAAAGCGGGUUUCCGCGCAGCAAAGGCAGAUCAACAAGGACAACGAACUUUGGGAAAGAAAUCGAAUGUUGACUUCGGGUGUUGUGAGCUCACUGGAACACGAUGAUGAUCCGGACGAUGAGGGAGAAGCUCGAGUUCAUCUCCUCGUUCACAACGUCGUUCCACCGUUUCUUGACGGUCGAAUUGUUUUCACGAAGCAACCAGAGCCGGUUGUACCGGUACGAGAUCCAAGUUCGGAUAUGGCUUUGGUUGCGCGUAAAGGUUCCGCCUUGGUCCGAGCAUAUCGAGAGCAAAAAGAGCGUCGUCGUGCGCAGAAAAAACACUGGGAGUUGGCUGGCACUCAUCUCGGCAACAUAAUGGGAGUGCACGACAAUAAAAAAGAGGAUCGAGAACAACAUGGUCCGGAAACGGAUUACAAAGCUGGACAAAAGUACGCACGACAUAUUGGAGCUGGACAAGUAUCGAGCGGGGAAUCGAGACAACGCACGAUACAACAUCAAAGACGGAGUCUCCCCGUUUUCGCCGUUCGACAAGAAUUGCUCAACAUUAUCAGAGAAAACAGCGUUGUCAUUAUCGUGGGCGAAACCGGUAGCGGAAAAACUACUCAACUUACUCAAUAUUUGCAUGAAGACGGUUACAGCAAAAAUGGCAUUAUCGGGUGUACGCAACCCAGGAGAGUCGCUGCAAUGUCGGUCGCCAAGAGGGUAUCCGAUGAAAUGGACACAGCUCUGGGUGAUAAAGUCGGUUAUGCUAUCCGUUUCGAGGACUGCACAUCCAAAGAAACGGUAAUAAAGUAUAUGACUGACGGUAUACUGCUCCGUGAGAGUCUUCGAGAAGGAGAUCUCGAUCGUUACAGUGUUAUAAUAAUGGACGAAGCUCACGAGCGAUCUCUCUCCACCGACGUGCUUUUUGGGUUACUUCGAGAGGUUGUAGCGAGACGUCACGAUUUGAAAUUGAUCGUAACCUCGGCGACGAUGGAUUCGAGUAAAUUUGCAGCAUUUUUCGGAAAUGCUGCAACCUACGAGAUACCAGGGCGCACAUAUCCGGUGGAAGUCUUACAUUCGAAAAAUGCAGUGGAGGAUUACGUCGAUGCUGCGGUGAAGCAAGUAUUGCAGAUACAUUUGCAGCCUCGUAGCGGUGACGUUUUAGUGUUUAUGCCUGGACAGGAGGACAUCGAAGUGACGUGUGAGUCGCUGAAGGAAAGACUCGAGGAAAUCGAUUCCGCUCCGGAAUUGUCGAUACUGCCGAUUUAUUCACAACUGCCGUCGGAUCUUCAGGCAAAAAUAUUUCAGCGUUCGGAGGGUGGUCUUAGAAAAUGUGUUGUUGCGACAAACAUAGCAGAGACUUCGUUGACGGUAGACGGUAUCGUUUUCGUCGUGGAUUCAGGAUACUGCAAGCUGAAAGUUUACAAUCCUCGAAUCGGUAUGGACGCGCUGCAAGUGUAUCCGGUUUCGCGUGCGAACGCGGACCAAAGAUCGGGUCGCGCUGGUCGUACGGGGCCCGGACAUUGCUACCGCUUGUACACGCGACGGCAGUACCUCGACGAGCUUUUGUUAACCGGAGUGCCGGAAAUUCAACGUACGAAUUUAGCAAACACCGUAUUACUAUUGAAAUCUUUGGGCGUCCAAGAUUUAUUGGCAUUCCAUUUUAUGGAUCCACCGCCACAGGAUAAUAUUCUCAACUCUUUGUACCAAUUGUGGAUCCUGGGAGCCCUCGAUCACACGGGAAGACUGACUGCUCUGGGACGUCAAAUGGCUGAAUUCCCUCUUGAUCCACCGCAAUGUCAAAUGUUGAUCGUUGCCUCUCAGCUCGGUUGUACCGCCGAUAUUCUCAUCAUAGUUUCGAUGCUCUCGGUACCUUCGAUCUUUUAUAGACCGAAAGGGCGCGAGGAGGACUCGGACUCGGCGAGAGAAAAGUUCCAAGUUCCUGAAUCUGAUCACUUGACGUAUCUCAAUGUUUAUAAACAGUGGAAAUUGAACGGAUAUUCGAGCUCCUGGUGCAACGAACAUUUCAUUCACGCGAAAGCGAUGAGAAAAGUACGAGAAGUACGGCAACAAUUGGAAGAGAUAUUGAAGCAACAGAAAAUGGAAGUUGUCAGUUGCGGUACGGAUUGGGACGUCGUAAGAAAGUGCAUUUGCUCCGCUUAUUUUCAUCAAGCUGCACGCCUCAAAGGAAUCGGUGAAUACGUCAAUUGCCGAACCGGAAUGCCCUGCCAUCUUCAUCCAACUUCCGCACUUUUCGGUAUGGGCUUCACACCCGAUUACGUUGUUUACCACGAGCUCGUUAUGACCGCUAAAGAAUACAUGCAAUGCGUUACCGCCGUCGAUGGGCACUGGCUCGCCGAACUCGGACCGAUGUUUUUCAGCGUCAAAGAAACUGGACGGAGCGGUCACGCCAAGAGGCGACAAGCUCUUCAACACCUUCACGAAAUGGAGGGACAAAUGAAAGAAGCCGAAGAGGAAAUGCGGGUCCGGGCUCAAGAACAAUUAGAACGCGAACAAGCUUCCGUGAGAAAAAAAGAAAUUCUCACACCUGGUAUCCGAGAACCAGGAACUCCCGCUUCCUACCGCAAAACACCCGGACGACUGGGUCUGUAAAUUAACUAUUUUGUGGUCUACCGACGAAAGUGUAUUUUUUCAAAAGACCGCACUUAACAAUAAAUCAUUCGUUAAUAAACAAA